UUACAAGCUGACAAAGAUGGUUCCAAUAUUGUAAACUAUUGCUUAAACAUUAAAAAUGGCAGUAAAGAUCAAAAUACUCCAGUUAUAUUAUGGCCAAUUCAAAAGAACUCUACCAAUGAGUUAUGGCAAUUAACAAGUGAUGGACACAUUAUUUCUCGUAUGUUUGGUAAUGUUGUCUUGGAUGUUGGUAAUUCAGUUGAUGGUUCAAAUUCCAAAUUCUAUGUAAUUAUUAACCCAAACUUUAAUGUUAACUCUGAUUCUCAAAAAUGGGUAGUUAAUAGUGAAACCAAUCAAAUCUCUAAUAAGAAUUUUCCAAACUUAUAUCUUGGUAUUGACGGUGCUUACAAUGGUCCUAUUGCUCCAGUAAAGUAUCAAAAUAUUGUCCUUGCCAAGCCAAGUGAUAAUAGUAACCCAUGCUUUCAAUGGCUAUUUUUACCAAAGAGUCCAUUUUAUAAAAUAUUAUCACAAAAGCCAGAACCCUUCCCAACCUAUGAAAAAGAUCCACAGUUUGCUGAAACAUAUCAUUUAAUAAGUAAAACUAUUACUUUAGAUAGAACUAAUUCAAUUAGAACCCAAUAUUCAAAUACAAUUGCCCCAUUAUCAUCAUUUCAAUCUUCAUUGGUUAGUAUGAAAUGUCCAAAAGAUGUUAACCCAGAAGUUUUCGAAAUUGUAAAGGAUCAAAUUAACUAUGAACUUACAUGUGCUAUUUCAGUUCAAAACUUAUUUGCCACCUUUAGCAAAUUUUACACUGAAAAUUAUAUUUGUAGUGAAGCAAGUAUUACAAAUCUUGCCCUCUUGUGUAAAUUGGAUUCAAAAAAAGAUCUAGUUACUGGUUUCUUCAAAUCAUUUAUAGACAAUACCACAACAAAUAUUCUUUGUAUGAUCCCUGAAAUUGGUCCCAUUUUUACCGAGUUUGUAGAUAUUGGAUAUGAUCUUUAUGCAGAUUCAGGCUAUUCCACAAACAACAUCUCUCCAUUCACUGUUGCUGUAUCCCAACUUUAUAAACGUUUUUACACCAAUUUUAUUAAUAUUUUAAAAAUCAUUGGUGAAAUAGAAACAGAUAUCCUUAAUGAUUGGGGUAUGAUGAAGACAACAUAUAGUUGUAUCAUGUUGCCAGUUGGAACACCAAACUCUCUAUUUUGGAACACCAACAUGAAUUAUGAAUUGGUUAAUGCAACAUCUAUUGCUAAUGACAUUGCAAUUUUACAAGUAUUAAUGCCAUCAAAAUAUCAAAUAUACUAUUGUUCAUUUGGUAUCAACUAUACAAACGCUCCUUCAUAUUGCCAAUAUUGGGAUAAUAGAAAACAAUUUUAUUAUAUCGCAGAAAUUCAAGAUAAUAAUGCUUUUCCAGACAGUGAACUCAUGAAAACUUAUCUCUGGGGAAAUAAUGUAAAUCAACAAGAAUUUUAUCAAUCAAACUUUGGUUGGACUUUCAACACUGCUAAUAAUGAUGUUUAUAAAAAUCGUAUUUAUAAUCAAGGUCUACCAACUCUCUUCAACGGUACAUCCACUCCAAUGUAUUAUAAUUUAGUUAACAACGGAACCCCAGUAAAAUGUAAUGUUUAUACAUAUUCUUCUGGUUUUUUUUCAGGUGAAUAUUCCACAGGUCUUCUAGGAAGCCACGAAUAUCAAAUUGAAAUUUAUGACUUUAAUAAUAAUCAACUCAUGUCAUUUACAGUUUCUGUUGACUUACCAAUGAUGAAGGGUUGUACACCAAGAAUCGUUGGUUCCCCUACCAUCGCAUCUGGUUAUUACUUUGUUAAUCAAUUAUCCUGUGAAGGAAGUAGAAGCCAAGAGUUUGCAGGUAGCUUAUCUUUUGCUAUUUAU